AUGUUCACCUUUACGCCCCUACAAGGCGCCAAGUCAGACUCCACGGCUGUCCAGUCCAUACUUGAGCUUGAUGGCGGCGUAAAAGUGCUCGUCGACGUCGGCUGGGACGAGGCCUUUGAUCCACAGCAGUUGAGGGAGCUCGAGAAGCAAGUCCCGACCUUGUCCCUCGUCCUCCUCACCCACGCGACCGUCUCCCACCUCGGCGCAUUUGCGCAUUGCUGCAAGCACAUCCCGCUGUUUGCGCGCAUUCCUGUCUAUGCGACCACGCCGGUCAUAGCCUUGGGCCGAACACUCUUACAAGAGCUGUACAUCUCUACACCACUCGCAGCGACUACGAUCCCCAAGUCCUCCCUCAAUGAGGUCUCGUACUCAUACAACGCCCAAGCCGCUGCCACCGAAUCAAACAUCCUUCUACAGCCACCUACAAACGACGAAAUAGCCAAAUACUUCUCGCUCAUCAACUCCCUCAAGUACCUGCAACCGCACCAGCCCGUGGGAUCGCCUUUCUCGCCUCCAUUGAAUGGUUUGACUAUCACCGCAUACAACUCUGGCAGCACAUUGGGUGGAACCAUCUGGCACAUACAACAUGGUCUCGAAUCUAUCGUCUACGCCGUAGACUGGAACCAAGGGCGCGAGAAUGUCUACGCAGGCGCUGCCUGGCUGGGCGGAGCUGGCGGCGGCGGUACCGAGGUCAUCGAAUCCUUGCGCAAACCGACAGCUCUUGUAUGCAGCAGCAAAGGCGCCACCAAGUCAUCUUUGCCAAGAGCCAAGAGGGAUGAGCCUCUGCUCGAAUCGAUAGAGGGGUGCAUCUCAAAUGGAGGCACGGUAUUGAUACCCGUCGACUCCGGCGCAAGAGUCCUGGAGUUGGCAUACCUGCUGGAACACGCCUGGCGGCGGCAUGCUGCCAAGGACGGUGGUAAGCUGCACUCCGCCGAGCUCUACCUGGCUGGUCGUGGUAUACACAGCACUAUGCGCUACGCUCGAAGCAUGCUGGAGUGGAUGGAUGAGCGGAUUGCGCAAGAGUUUGAAGAAAUCGCCGAUGUGAAUAAGAGACCCAAUGGUGCUACCAACGGCACAAGUCAAAAGGACCAAGGCUCUCAGGGAGGUCCGUUUGAUUUUCGAUAUCUCAAGUUGUUGGAUAGAAGAGGCCAGGUUGACAAGGUCCUGUCAAGGCCGAAUGGCGACGGCUCUGUCGGCAAGGUCAUCUUGGCCAGUGAUUCAAGUCUCGAAUGGGGUUUCUCCAAGGAUGUUUUCAAGGCUCUGGUACAGGACCCCAAAAAUCUGCUCGUAUUGACUGGCCUUCCCACGACACCCACUGGAGGCAGUACCACACUGUCAAGCACCUUCUACAAGUGGUGGCGGGAGUCUGUCGAGGAAAACGAGAAACACGGCGCCGAAGCUGUCGGUACGGGUAUUGGGACUAAUGGCGCGCUCAUACAAGUUCCUGGCAAGGGUCGGGAAGCAACACUGCGGGACGCUCAGAAAGAGCCCCUCGAAGGAGAUGAUCUUGCAGUCUACCGAUUUUGGCUCGCUCAACAACGUCAACUACAAGACACCGUGCAGACCGGCGGCACAGAGACACUUGAUGCCAAUCUCGAUAUUGAUGAUGCCUCCUCAGAGUCCUCGUCCGAUUCCGGAGAUUCCGAGACCCACCAGCAAGGAAAAGUCCUGAAUGUGGCAGCGACCUUGGGCAGAGCAACCCGAAAGAAGGCCUUGGUAGCGGAUGAGGAUCUAGGCCCCAACAUUCUUCUCAAAAAGAAGGGCGUUUAUGAUUAUGACUUGCGUGGCAAGUCUGGCCGAGAUGCCAUGUUCCCCUAUCCGGUACAGAGAAAACGAGCAGACGACUACGGCGACCUGAUCCGCCUGGAAGAUUUCCUGAAGACAGAGGAGCAGCAAGACGACGACCAGCACGGUCUUUUGGAUGGCAAAGAGGAUUUAAAAGACAACCUCGGAAAGAAACGCAAAUGGACCGAUUCGGCUCCCAACAAGGGCCUAGGUACCGACAAGAGACCUAAGCUCGAGCGCAACGCCUCAGACGAUUUCGAGAUGGCUAUCGCCGAUGGUCCCGUGAUCAACGAGCUCGAUGACGUGCCGGACGAUGAGGAAGACACGUCCACGGGUCCAUUCAAACUUGCGCUCACCACAGAACAAGUCACCAUCAACAUGAACAUCACAUUCAUAGACUUUAGCGGUAUACAUGACAAGCGAAGCUUGCAAAUGCUUAUACCCCUAAUCCAACCACGGAAGUUGGUUCUCACCGGUGGUAGCUCCUUGGAGACGGAAGAGCUAUCAACGGAGAUGCCCAAGAUCAUCCAGUCACAAAUCGACAUCUUCAUGCCGGAGAUCGGUUCGACAGUGGAUGCGUCUGCCGACACAAAUGCAUAUUCCGUCAACCUGGCACCAGCUCUCGUCAAAGGUCUUAAGUGGCAGGACGUAGGUGGUGUCAAGAUCGCUACCCUAGUUGGACGGCUUAGCAUGGCCGACGAGAACAAGGACCCCGUUCUCGAUAUACCUAUGACACUGGCAAGUGGACUGGCCGCAACCCAGUCCGUGACCCCAUUCCACGUGGGCGACUUGAGACUGGGCAACCUGAGGAAAGACCUUCGGGACAGCGGAUACUCAACAGAGUUCAUGGGAGAGGGCACUCUGCUAGUACAGAACUCUGUCAUUGUACGGAAGGCCGCGAAUGCUGGUCGCAUUACUGUAGAAGCAGCGGGUUGGGAGACGGACACGGUGCAAACCGUAAGGAAAAUGGUGUAUGAGAAGCUGGCUGUUGUCGGUCACUAG